CUAGAUUCGCUGUGCAGUCUCCAUGCGAACACGUCUCUGAAAUUCCAACGUGUGUGUUUUUUUUCUGUCCCAAAAUUAUCAAAAAGACGGGUUUGUCUUGCAGCGGCGGCAUUCCAUACCCACUGCCCACUGCUGACAACUCUUCCGUCUAUCAUGACCAUCCCCAUUACCUGAUCCAAACCCUCAUUCAGUUUAGCUCCUUUUUUUCAUUCCAUAUUCCCAAUUUGCCCCUCCACCUCUCUUCAAUUUACUUUUUGCUCCCUUUUCUCCAUUCUCUUCGCUUGUGUCUAUCCAUGGAUGGAUCCUUUUUUCUCUGAUUAUGAAACCGAAACCUAACUCCCCCGUUUGGUUGCCGAGAAAGUGUAUUGGAAAAGUAAAGAAAGGGAAAAAGAAAAUCGUGUUUUUUCUCUUAACCAUCGGAUAAACCCUGUUUUGAGUCUUUGAGUGAGCUUUACUUAAAAUUCAAGUUUAGAAUUUUAGUUUCUUAUAUCUUUCCUUUAUUUUCUCGGCAACCAAACAGGAAGAAAUUAGAAAUGGCCUCUGCAUAUGCAUUGAAUUUCUCGUUUCGUUCGUCGAUUUCGCCUCAUCGGUACCAGUAUUUCGUUCCUCAAUUUCAUCGUGGUUUUUGGGCGAGAAACUGUUGGAAAAUCAUGAACCACCAGCAAAACCCUAGCAGCUACUUCGUUGUCCCCAAAAGAGUAAGCAAGAAUCGAGAACUCAUCAGGUCGUCGAAUUCGGUGGAAUUGGACCACUACGUGACGAGCGACGAGGAGGAGGAGGAGGACAAGAGCGAAGAAGAAGACGAAAUGAGCGAAGGGUUUUUGGAGGCGAUAGAGGAAUUGGAGAGAAUGACUCGAGAGCCGUCCGAUAUUCUCGAGGAAAUGAACGAACGGUUGUCAGCGAAGGAGUUGCAGCUAGUGCUUGUGUAUUUCGCACAGGAAGGAAGGGACUCGUGGUGUGCGCUUGAAGUGUUUGAGUGGUUGAAGAAGGAGAAUAAGGUGGAUAAGGAAACAAUGGAGCUUAUGGUGGCGAUAAUGUGUGGUUGGGUGAAGAAGAUGAUUGAAAAGGAACAUCAUGAAGUUGGGGAUGUGGUGGAUUUGUUAGUCGAUAUGGAUUGUGUCGGCUUUAAACCCGGGUUUAGUAUGGUUGAGAAGGUGAUUUCUUUGUAUUGGGAGAUGGGGAUGAAGGAGAAGGUCGUUUUCUUUGUUAAAGAAGUGUUAAGGCGUGGUUUUGCUGAUGCUGAUGCCCAUGCUCAUGCUCGCGAUGAUGGACAUAAGGGAGGACCAACUGGAUAUCUUGCUUGGAAGAUGAUGGUUGAUGGUAACUACAGGGAUGCAGUCAAGUUGGUGAUUAAUCUUAGAGAAUCUGGGUUGAAGCCAGAGGUCUACAGCUACCUCAUUGCAAUGACAGCAGUGGUUAAAGAGCUGAAUGAAUUAGCAAAAGCUUUACGCAAGUUGAAAAGUUUUGCAAGAGCUGGGUUGGUAGCUGAGCUUGAUGAAGAAAAUGUGAGGCUUAUUGAGAAAUAUCAGUCAGAUCUUCUAGCUGAUGGCGUACGCUUGUCUAAUUGGGUGGUUCAAGAGGGAAGCUCUUCACUUUCUGGGGUGGUUCAUGAGAGGCUUCUAGCUAUGUAUAUUUGUGCUGGUCGUGGGCUGGAAGCUGAAAGGCAGCUGUGGGAAAUGAAGCUUGUAGGUAAAGAGGCUGAUGGAGACCUGUAUGACAUUGUUUUAGCCAUCUGCGCUUCCCAGAAAGAGGUCAGUGCUACAUCGCGGUUGGUAACUAGAAUCGAAGUUGCAAACUCUUUACGCAAGAAGAAAAGCCUAUCAUGGUUGUUGAGAGGUUAUGUUAAAGGAGGACAUUACGAUGAUGCUGCAGAAACACUAAUUAAAAUGCUUGAUCUAGGCUUUCAUCCAGAGUAUUUGGACAGGGCAGCUGUGUUGCAGGGUUUAAGAAAAGGGAUCCACCGAUCUGGAAAUGUAGAAACUUACCUCAAGCUUUGCAAGCACCUCUCUGAUGCAAGUUUGAUUGGACCUGCUCUAAUCUAUCUUUAUAUGAAGAAAUAUAAGCUUUGGAUCGUAAAAAUGCUUUGAGUACUUAAUUCAAACUAAGAUUUGUCCGAAAGAUAUGGUUUAGUUUUGAAGAUUGUAUAGCAGAAGCACUUUUUCACUGCCCUUUGUACAUGUUAAUACAAGCACCAAUAUUAAUUUUAUGUAGUUUUGGCUGGAUUUGAGCUCCACAAAAAUGUUGGAUAGACCAGUUCCUACAGGCUGAUCGAUUGUGAAAUAUAGGAAUAUGCUGUCUGUCUUGUUCUCGGAAAUAAAUAACUGUAUAUAUAUGGUGGCUGAUGCAAACAUAAUAAAUAAAGCUUCAGCACAGUAUAAGUAAGUGGACUGCAUAUAAAUACUAGAGGUACGUUCUUAUUGCA